AUGGCCAGAGUCCCAGCGAUCAAACGGCGAAAGCUGACCCCUCCAGCAUCGGAUGGAGAGGAAUCUUCCCCGUCGACUGUCGAAGCAGACCCUAAAUCCAAUGCCUUCCUCAAGCAAGCCUCGAGCUGGAACCUCGAGCAAGACUACGAAUCCCGGCCGCGAAAAGGGAAGAAAAAGGACAAAGAGAGCACGAGGCUGCCGAUCAAGACUGCAGAUGGAGUAAUUGAGCAUGUCCAAGCUCCGGAAGAGGAAGAGCAGAGUGAUUUGGAAUGGUUAGAGCAGGACAACGACGAGGACGAGGAAAUUGAAGCGGAACCCGCCAAGCCCACCGUACCCAUCCGCCAGCAAAUCCUCGAGGCAAAGGAGGAGUUGGCGAAGAUUGCAUUGGUGCUGAAUGAAGACCCCGAAGAGAACGGCGCCGCAUUCAAAGCUCUGGCGCAAAUCGGGCAGACGCAGAAUACAACCAUCAAGAAGCUUGCUCUUGCAACACAAUUAGCUGUGUACAAAGAUGUCAUUCCCGGAUACCGCAUACGACCCUUGUCAGAGGAGGAUAUGGAGACCAAGGUUUCCAAGGAAGUGAGAAAAUUAAGAGCAUAUGAGCAGGCGCUUGUGGGAGGAUACCAAUCGUAUAUUCGAGAGCUAGCAAAAUUAGCACAGUCGGGGAAGAGCUCGAAAGAUGGAGGUCCAAGUCUAGGGAGUGUGGCCAUUGCGUGCGCAUGUAACCUGUUGGUGUCGGUGCCGCAUUUCAAUUUCCGGGGGGAGCUGUUGAAGAUAUUGGUUGGCAAGCUAAGUACGCGGAAGGUGGAUGGGGAUUUUGUUAAGUGUAGAGAGACGAUCGAGACCCUGUUUCAGAAUGAUGAGGAUGGAACUCCGUCAUUAGACGCGGUUUCUCUCUUAACGAAAAUGAUGAAGGGGAGAGGGUAUCGGAUUGAUGAGAGUGUGUUGAAUACCUUUCUACACCUACGACUAUUGUCGGAGUUCUCUUGGAAAGCGUCUACGAAUCAUGUUGAUAAACCAGCCAGGGGAGAGGAAGAAGGCCCCAAAUUGAAGCAGAAGAAAGUCUUCCGAACCAAGAAAGAUCGAAAAUUGUUGAAGGAACGCAAGGCUGUUGAAAAGGAGAUGGUACAAGCCGAUGCAACUGUCAGUCACGAAGAACGAGAUCGGAUGCAAGCAGAGACCUUGAAGCUUGUCUUUGUGACUUAUUUCCGGAUCCUGAAAAUGCGGUCUCCGAGUUUGAUGGGUGCCGUGCUUGAAGGAUUAGCUCGGUAUGCCCAUCUAAUCAAUCAGGAUUUCUUUGGCGACCUUUUAGAAGCUCUGAAAGAUUUGAUUGGCCAUGCGGAGACGGGUGAUGAUGUUGAGGAGGAAGAGGAAGACGAGGAAUCGACGAGGAAUCUCACUAGAGAAGCACUUCUAUGCAUCAUCACCGCAUUCGCUCUUCUGGAAGGCCAAGAUGCAGCCAAAGCACAAGCUACACUGAGUCUCGAUUUGAGCUUCUUCGUAACUCAUCUCUACCGGACCUUGCAUGCUCUUGCCCUAAAUCCAGAUAUCGAGCUCAGCGCCAAGUCUCUCCAUCUUCCAGAUCCGAAUAACCCUGCAGCUCCUCUUCCUACCACUAACAAUAAAAUCAAUAUUCAAACCACCACUGUCCUCCUUCUGCGAUCCUUGUCUUCAGUAUUGAUUCCUGAACUCGGAGCUCGCGCCGUCCCACCCCUUCGGAUUGGAGCUUUCACCAAACAACUCCUCACCUCCUCGCUGCAUCUGCCUGAGAAAUCUUGCCUUGCAACGAUCGGGUUGCUAGGAAAGGUUACAAAGACGCACGAGAAAAAGAUCGCAGCUUUAUGGAAUACGGAAGAGAGAAGAGGGGAUGGGAUGUUUGAUGCUCUGAACGGGGAAGUUGAGGGAAGCAAUCCUUUUGCAGCAACCAUAUGGGAGGGCGAGUUGCUGAGGAAGCAUUACUGCCCUGCAGUCAGAGAUGGAGUAAAGACGAUGGAAAAGAAUGUCCUUGGUUUGAGGUAG